GACCGACUGGGUCUCCAGCGGAGGAAAGCUAUAUCCAAACCCUUCCUUAAUCGACGGGCACGUAAGCUACGUCUAGAGUAUGCUAUCUCUCAUCGGGAGGAUACAGUCAGUGAUUGGAGGAGGACGAUCUUUGUGGACGAAGCAAUGGUGAAGGUUGACGGGAAUGGGGUGGUCUGGGUGACCCGGGGAGAGGGGGAGGCAUACUUGGAGGAGUGUAUGAGGGCAAAGAUGAAGGGUCAGAUUGGUGGACUGAUGCUCUUUGCGGGUGUCUGGCAUGGGGGGCGGACAGAACUGGUCUUGUUUGACACCAGUGAGAGCGCGGGGAAGAAGAAGGGGGUGACCGCGGUCAUCUACCGCGAUCAAAUCACUAUGGGACCACUCAAAGCUGCCUGGAACCGGGUCAACAACCGUUGGAGGGGUUAUGGAGGUGCUCGCCUGCUCGAGGACAAUGUAGGAAUCCAUAAGUCCCCUGUCAAU